AUGAGCAGUGGAACGUUCCGCGACUCUUUCAUAGUCAUCCUGGACACAGGCCGCACGACCAUCCGUGCCGGUCUCGGGCUACACGAUCUUCUUCGCACCCCCUCAGUCGAUAUUCUCGCACGCGUAGGUCUUCCGCGCUCCUUCUUCGCUCCCUCAGACGCGAACGAUAACGGGGAUAUCGCGCAAGGCGACCCAUCCAUAACCAAGGCUGUGAUUGCUAAUGCAAAAGUGACGGAUUACCUCGUGGGUGUCCAGUUGGAUGAGGCUCUUGCAGGGAACGAGGACGUGGCUAUCUUCUGGCCGUUUGCAGAUGGAGACGUGAGCGAUUGGGAGCAGGCAGAGGCGCUCUGGAAACACGUCUUCUUUACUAGACUACCGCUUCGCCGAUCACAAAUGGAGUCGCCCGUGUUGCUGUCCCUCCCUGCAGGUCUCUCGCGCGCAACAUACGAGCGCGUCUGCCAGAUGUUCUUCGAGCGCUUCAACGUCGCCGGUUUCGGCGUCGUGGAGCGUCCACUCGCCCAGUUCUACUCGGCCGUAACUGCCUCAGGCCAACUUUCAGGCGUGGUGGUCGACAUCGAUCGUGAAUGGACGGACAUCACACCAAUAUCUGACGGGCUGAUUGUACAGGGAGCGCGGAUGCAAGUGAGGGUUGGCAUGAAUGAUUGUAGGAGACAUUUGACAAGAGUGCUGAGGGGCAAUCAAAAUGUCAUGGGUGCAGUACAAGAGAUCUUGCAGGAGGAGGGGAAAGACCCAAGCGAGGAGGCACAACUGUCUGUGCUUGAGGGCCUUGCAGACCAGUUAUGGGCCGAGGGCCAAAUCAAGGUCCUCCAUGAGGGCGAAGGGGGCACCCUCGAGGACGAUCUCGACGGUUCAAACUCAGGCGAGUUGAACAUCGCCGCUAUCGUUGUCGCAGGAAAAGAGAAAGCCGUGAUCGAGAGCGGGAUGAAGAAGAAGGCGGCAAGGGAAAAGGCUAGCGCGGCGGAGCAGGCGAGGGCACGAGAGAUCGAGGCAAAGGAUCUGAUCGAGGUGAAAUGGAGGGGUAAGACGGUGACAGUCGGAAAGGAGCGGCACCGAUACUGCGAGCCGUUGUGGGACGCGGGACUGAGGGAGCGGAAGGGCAAGGAAAGGCAGACAGCUAAUAGAAGGGACGUGCCUGAGCUCCCUUUGCAUAUAGCAGUUGGAGAGGCGGUCGCGAGGACGGAGGUCGAUCAGCGUGCAUACAUCUGGCAGGGACUGUUCGUGACCGGCGACAUCACGGACCACGUCAAAGGAUUGGGGGCGGCACUUCAAAGCCGCCUUUCAUCAUUCCUUCUCGUCAGUCUGGAUCCGUCGGGUAAUGAGGUCCAGCCGCGCAGCAUUCAUACGCUUAAGAUACCCGAUUACUUCGCUGAGUACAGAGAAAAGGGUGAUGGAUUGGCCUCUUUCUUGGGCUCGAGCAUUGUUGCGAAAAUAUCAUUCGGCGACUCGGCGGGAAAGAACUUUGUUUCGAAGGCAGACUACAUAAAUAUGGGCCCAAGGGCUGUGCUGGGCAUGUCGCCAUCACUGCUGUAG